GAUGUUAGCGACUGCCCACACACACACACGCGCACUGAUAAUCUCAUCCUGUAAAAGAGUGUCAUCGCCCUGCAGGGCUCUAAUCGCACAGCUGUAUUCAGUCUCUUCAUUCAUGAAGUGAAACGGUUUUCCGUGGCCGACUGAUCAGGAUGGAGGCGGUGGCUCUCUUCUCUUUCGCAGCAUCAGAAGCAGACGAGAUCAGUUUUCAGAAAGGGGACAUUAUCAAGGUGACAGAAAUGGAGGAUGAUUCUUGCUGGGUCACAGCAGAGAUCCAGGGGAAGCGUGGCUACGUGCCAGAGAACUACAUUUCCCUCCUUCCUUAUCCGUGGUUUGCAGGACGGGUGUCGAGACUUGAGGCUGAGAAGCGUCUUCAGUGGCAGGACCCUGGAGUGUUCCUGGUGAGGGAGAGCGAAUCAGCUCCUGGAGACUUUUCUGUCUCCGUUAGCUACGGUGAGAGGGUGGAGCAUUUCCGGGUGCUGGAGGGUGGAGGUCAGUACUGCAUCUGGGACGAGUCGUUUCGCUCCCUCAACCGGUUGGUGGAUUUCUACAGGACUCACAGUAUCGCCGUGGAGAAAGUGGUCUGCCUCAGAGACCCUGCUGCGUCCCCUCGCCUGCUGUCCCAACCAGAAUGUAACCCAUACCCCAACCCUUAUAAAAGCAGCUCUCAGGAGUCCCUCCCCUCAGCCCGCCUCUACUCUCACCCUCCUCACCCCGGGAGAGAGACCUCCCGUCGUCUCCCUGAACCAGUUGCGGGGAAGGCCCGUUUGGCUCAUGCGCUCUGCGACUACACCCCCCCUCAGACCGCCAACCUCCACUUCCUGCGUGGUGACGUCAUCGACCUGCUGGACUGCUCGAGCUCACUGGCUUGGAGGGGGCGCUGUCGAGGCAGAGUAGGAAUAUUUCCGCCAGAAUACGUCCAGCCGCUGUACCACUGACCACAUAUCAAACUGGAGCGACUUAACCUACUUAUCCAAUGAUCCGGCUGUUAAUGAAACAAUUGGUCUAAUAAUUGAUCAAUGCAAAUUUUCAAUAUUGAUUUGAAGGGCCUGAAGGUGUAUUUUCUCAAUCAGCUUACAUUUGUUAUUUUCACAUGAGAAAUUCUGUAUUUAACAACAUUAAUCAUAAAUACUUAAAAUUGUAAAGAAAUUCUCCUCAUCUCUGCUUGAGGCUGAAGGCCACAUAAGCAUAGCAUAUAACACGCCCGAAUGUUGACGAUCGCGUUGCAUUGUGGGUAAUGUAGGUGCCAGGUUUUGACAAAGAAGAAGAAUGCGGUGGUGCAGCCCUAUAGUGAACCUUUUCUACUCGUCCUCUGAGUCCUAAUGACCUUCCUUCACCAACAGUUUGGAUUGAAAAUAUUAAUUUAAAUUUAAAUUGAACUUCAUGUUUGCUUUGCUUUACCAUCUUGUCGGUGCCUCUAACCUGAACGUAAGUAAACUGUAAACAAGACAAAGAAAGAGUGAUAUCAUCUGGUUAUAAAUACUGGACCAACACUUGUAGCUUUGAUGCACAUAUCUUUACAUUUAUUUGAGAAAUCACAAGAAUAAACACUUGAUGGAUAUUUUUGUCUUUUGAUUAACAUGAGGUCCUUUAUAAUAAGUCUUUCACCAUUGAAAAAGCACAGCAACAUAGACGUUUCCCAACCUUGGGGUUAAUGCCCCUCGAGUCUGUUGUUAAGCAGAAAGGGGUUAAAGACAAAUUUCAGUUCUGUUCAAUUGUAAUCUGUCUGAUAAAUGUGUAAUAAUAAAGUGUAAAACUUCUCAUUAUUUCAUUUAAAUGCUCCAAAUGCACUCUUAAAUACAAAACACAAAGCGUGUA